AUGCCACAUCACUACAGGUUGAAAAUGGUGGAACCUGCCGGGAAUAUUUCGAGUGUCUUGGGUGUUGUUCUCCAAGUUGGCAAGUGGGUGGCUGCUCCGCUUUGGCGUCAAUUUAAGUACUUGUACAACUACAAUACCAACUUUGACAAUCUCCAAGAAGAAGUUAAUAGGCUGAAGGAUGCGAAAGACAGAGUGGAGCGUAAGGUUGAUGCUGCUGAAAGAAAUGUGGAAGAGAUUGAAGGAAAUGUGAAGAAAUGGCAGAAUAAUGUGGAGAAGACCGUUGUUCAAGCAGAGAGGUUGAUUCAAGAUAAAUCAAACAACCCCCGAUGUUUGAAGGGAUUGUGCCCCAACUUGAAAACCUGCUACAAACAUAGCAAGAAGGCAUUCAAAUUAAAGCGGGAUGAUAUUGGUCCACUCCUACAGCAAGAAGAGAGGUUCGAAGGAGUUUCCUAUCCAAGUAUUCAACAAUCCAACUACGAGAAGAACUUUGACAAGCUCCGAGAUGAUGUUUUGAAGAUGAAGAAUGCAAGACUCAAAGUGCAGCAUAAGGUUGAGGAGGCUAAAAUCAACGGGGAAGAGACUGAAGAGGAUGUGAAGAAGUGGCUCGAGGAUGUUGAUUCUAUCAUCGUUAAAGCAGAGGAGAUGAUUGAAAACCAAAGUUCAAUUGGCACUGACCGCAAGACCCGCUACCAAAAUAGCAAGGCAGCAUCCGAAUUAAUGGUGGAAGAUAUUGGUCCACUCCUGCAGCAAGAAGAAAGAUUCCAUAAAGUUUCCUAUUCAAGUAUUCAACAAUCCGACUAUGAGAAGAACUUUGACAAGCUCGGAUAUGAUGUUUUUAAGCUGAUGAAUGCGAGACGCAAAGUGCAGCGUAAGGUUGAGGAGGCUAAAAACAACGUGGAAGAGAUUGAAGAGGAUGUGAAGAAGUGGCUAGAGGAUGUUGACUCUAUCAUCGUUAAAGCAGAGGAGUUGAUUGAAAACCAGAGUUCCGUUAGCACUGACUGGGAGAGCCGCUACCGAAAUAGCAAGGCAGCAUCCAAAUUAAUGGUGGAUAAUAUUGGUCCGCUCUUGCAGCAAGGGGAAAGAUUCGAUAAAGUUUCCCAUCCUACUAUUCACAAGGAGAUAUGGCUUAGAUAUAAUGAAGAUUAUUUGGCAUUCAAAUCAAGAAACUCCACUGUGAAAAAUGUAUUGGAUGCUUUAAAUGAUGAGGAAAUCCUCAUGAUGGGUGUUUAUGGGAUGGGUGGUCUUGGCAAGACCACUCUUGUGCAGGAAAUUGGUAGGAAAGCCGAGAAGGAUAAACUCUUUGAUGAAAUUGUUUUUGUUGAGGUAACAGAAACUCUGGAUGUAAAAAGGAUUCAAACAGAAAUUGCAGAUAAAUUAGGAGUAAAAUUCAAUAACGAGAGUGAAAGAACAAGUAAGUUAUAUGAGAGAUUGAGGAACGACAAGAAGAUCCUUUUAAUUUUAGACAAUGUUUGGGAAGAUCUUGAUUUGAGGACUGUCGGAAUUCCUUUGGGAGUCAAUCAUGAUGGAUGUAAGCUACUGCUAACAACAAGAAACCUAGAUGUGUUGGACAAGAUGGGUUCGAAAAGUAAUUUUGGGAUGAAUGUAUUAAAUGAGGAAGAAGCUUGGAACCUAUUCCAGAAGAUGGCAGGUAAUGUUAUUCAAACACGUGAAUUGAAUUCCUUACCAAAUGAUGUUUGCAAGGAAUGUGGAGGUUUGCCCAUUGUCAUUGCUACUGUUGCAAGAGCAUUAAGGAACAAGAGAAAUCAAUUUGAAUGGGAAGAUGCCUUGCGAGAAUUAAGAGCACCUUCACCGACAAAGUUCAUAGGAUAUUUGGAAAAGGAAUACCAGAAGAUUGCCUUGAGUUACAAAUAUUUGAGAGAUGAACUCAAGAAAACCUUUCCAAUUUCCAGUCUAAUGAAAAAUAGUACUUCUAUUUCAGAUUUGUUCAAACAUAUUGUGAGUUUGGAUAUACUUAAAGGAGAUAACCUCACAAUGGAACAAGCACGAAAGCGACUAGAUAAAGUGGUCAGGGAACUCAAAUACUCUUGUUUGUUACUUCAUGGUUUUACAGAUAGACAAUUUUCUAUGCAUGAUGUUAUUCGUGCAUUUGCUAUAACAAUUGCAUUUACAGACCACCAUGUAUUUACAGAGAGAAAUGACAUUGAAAGGGUAUGGAAGGAUAAAAAUAAACUUAGGAAAUGCACAGGAAUCUCCUUACCUGGUAGUAGUAUUAGUCAGUUUUGGCGCAAAGAUUGGGAUUGUCCAGAUCUUGAAUUCUUCUAUAGUACAUGGGGCUAUACUUUCGAAAUCCCAGAAGAGUUCUUCACAGUGAUGCCGAAGCUCAAAGUUUUAAAUUUAUUUAAUAUGCAGCAAUCGUCAUUGCCAUCAUCACUCGAUCUUCUUACAAACCUUCAAACACUCUGUUUAGAUGGAAGCCAUAUUGAAAGUGUUGCUAUUAUUGGAAAGCUAGAGAAUCUAAAAGUCCUUAGCUUGCAACAGUUAGCUAUUGAGGAAUUGCCUAUAGAAAUAGGUCAGUUGACUCAACUAAAGUUGUUUAAGUUAAGCCAUUGUCAGAGUUUGAAAAUUAUUGCGCCAAAUGUGAUAUCAAAAUUAUUGCAAUUGGAAGAAUUCUAUGUAAGGGGAUGCCCUAGUCAGUGGAAGGUUGAAGUACUUGAGGAAUUGAAGCUCUUGUCUCAACUGGCCUGUUUAGAUAUAAAUAUUGUCGAUAGCAAGAUGUUGCCUAAAGAUUUCUUUUCCAAAGAGCUUAAAAGUUAA